GACAGCAUCAUCAGCAAGCAUAUAUUCUUGCUUUCACCCAUAUGAAUAUAUGAAUUUCCCAAGUUGACACAUGAAGCUAUAUUUGCUCCCGAAAUAAAGAAAAGUACUUUGCAUGGUCCAUUGAAGCGGAAGGUGAAAUCAUGAGCCACCACAGGCCCAACUUCACACAUCUGCAACGGCAAGGAGGUUUUAGAUCCUAUGAUGGCCACACUUACAAUCAUCAUGAAUCCAAUGAAGUGCCUGUGUUUUACAGAUCUAACUCUACUCAAGCCACCGAUGAAAGAACUUCCGAUGUAUUACCUCGACAACGGGUUUGGGCAUGCAUACAUCCUGUAGGAUUCCACCACAUACCUUAUUUUCCAUCAGCAGCACCUAGAAGACAACAAAUUAUUCAGAAUGAGCAUAUGGGAAGGCUGAGAGAUAUUUUCCUUCAGCCACCUUCAAGAUAUACAUUCCAAACAAGCACACAAGCUGCCCCAGCGGUAGAAAUUUCCAAAUCAACAGUUUUGAGCAAGCUUGAGAAAGUAGUGUAUGCUAGGAAGCUGAACUUAUAUUACAGAAACAAUGCUGAAGAAAAACAUUUGAAAGAGAAGAAGGAAAAGGAUGAAGAUGGUAAGAGGUGUGCUAUUUGCUUGGAAGAUUUUAAGACUGGUGAAGAGGUGAUGCUUACUCCAUGCAAGCACAUGUUUCAUGAGGAUUGCAUAGUGCCGUGGCUAACAACUAAGGGCCAGUGCCCAGUUUGUAGGCGUGUGAUUUGUGAGAUGGGAUGUGGGAACCCUUCAUCCUUCAGCAACAAUAACUGGACCACUUUGGAAUCUAGCAACCUAUUUAAUGGAGAGCUUUUAUCAGUUUUUAGGGACAUGGAAGAAGCUUUUCAGUUCGGCAUAUGACUUAAUGUACACUUAUAUAAGCUUAUGCUACAGUUGGAAAAUUGGCUUGCCGUUCCAUAAUAUAUGGAUAUGUUUUCUCUUCUUUGGCAGAACAUAUAUACUAUGAAUUUUGAUAGGUAGAACUUAUGAGUUAGAGAUGAGAUACACGAAAUCACGCAAAUUUGUUUUUCA